AUGCACCUUGAAGUUGUUACAGAUUUAACCACGGACGGGUUCCUCGCAGCACUCAGACGGUUCACGGGCAGACGCGGGAUUCCGCACACGAUCCAAAGUGAUUGCGGAACCAACUUUCAGGGUGCAGCAGCGGAGCUACGACAAUUAUUCAAAACGGGUACACGGGAAUCCGAACUCAUUCAGCACACUGGGGCAACUGACGGGAUUAAAUGGGUGUUCAACCCACCGGGGGCACCUCAUAUGGGCGGAAAAUGGGAGGCCGCAGUAAAAUCGGUCAAGUAUCAUCUCCGGCGGACGAUUGGGGAUGCCAGUCUCACGUUUGAAGAAUUUACGACUCUUCUCACACAAAUUGAGGGCAUACUCAACUCGCGGCCGUUGGAGCCUCUGUCGGAUGACCCGGAUGAUUAUUCGGUUCUCACCCCUGGGCAUUUUCUCAUCGGGGACACACUCACCUCCAUUCCUGAGCCCUCAUUACGGGAUGUGCCUCAAGGUCGCCUCACACGGUGGCAAUGGCUCCAGGAACGGGCUCAAUACUACUGGGAGCACUGGUCAUUGGGAUACCUGCAACGGCAGCAGGCUAUAUCAAAAUGGCAUCAUUCGAGUCACGACAUCCGGGUCGGGUCUAUGGUUCUACUCAUGAACGAAAACACGUCACCCACAAAGUGGCCACGGGCACGGGUCACAAAACUACAUCCGGGAAAGGACGGGCUCACACGGGUGGUUACACUCAAAACGGCGACGACCACACUCACACGGCCUAUCACCAGACUGGCACUCUUGCCAGUGCCUCAACCGGGAUCAAUCGACAGCACUGCUGCCGAUGGCGGGCGGAAUGUUCAGGAUUGA